AUGUCAGCCGAAGAAACGAAACCUACAUCAGAGGACAACUCAAUCCCCAAACCACCUACUUCUAAUGUAUUCUCCAUGUUUGGAGCCAAGAAGGAAAAGAAGGAUGAAAACCCACAGGACAGCAAGGACAAUGGAGUUUCCAAAUCCGACGACGGCAAAAAGGACAAGCAUGAAGACGAUAAGAAAUCUGCUGCUACUGAUGCCGAUGGUGAUGACAAAGACGCUGGUGCUGCGGAUGAAGAAGAACCAGAUGUCGAAUUCACCCCAGUUGUCCACUUGGACAAGAAAGUCGAGGUCAAGACCAACGAAGAGGACGAAGAUGUCGUAUACAAAGUGCGUGCCAAACUUUUCCGUUUCCAUGCCGAUACCAAGGAAUGGAAGGAAAGAGGUACUGGAGAUGUCAAGUUUUUGAAACACAAGACUACGGGCAAGACGAGAAUCUUGAUGAGAAGAGACAAGACUUUGAAGAUCUGUGCUAAUCAUUUGAUCCAAUCGGAUUAUGAGUUGAAGCCUAACAUUGGAUCCGAUAGAUCAUGGGUGUAUACUGUGACUGCUGAUGUUUCUGAAGGUGAACCUGAAGCUCAGACUUUGGCUAUUAGAUUUGGAAAUAAGGAGAAUGCCGAUUUGUUUAAGGAACAUUUUGAAAAAGCGCAAGCUGAAAGUAAGUCCAAUUGA